GGUGUGAGCCCAGCCGGCGGAGGGGGGGUUAGGACGCGCCCCCUUUAAACGGCCCGCCCCCCACGCGAGCUCUGCACGGGGGAACUGACCCCCCGCAUUCGAGCCCCGCCUGGGAAGGGAGAGUCACUCUCCCCACAAAGGGUUAACCGCCUCCCGCUGCCCCAGAGUGAUUCCAAUCGAGCGCCGAUCCCUCCUCGACCAGUCAGGGCCCGAGCUGCGCUGAGUGAUCAGGGUGGUUAAUCAAGCGCGGAACCAGGUACGCCGGCCCUAUAGCUUGAAGCGACAGGUUUAUGAAUCGAUCUCCGAUCCGUUUCCUCCAAAAACCUCCCGGGUCAGUCCCACACAUCUGGUCGAUUAAGGUCGCGUAGUGGAGCGCCAAUCCCCACCCCCCUAGGUCUGUGGAAGCCGCUGGUUAGUCGGACGCCGAUCCAUUCCCCGCCCCAUCGGCCCUUUUGGUCUGAGUGGGCAGGCUGCGUAGCCGAGCGCCGAUCUCCCGGCUCGCCCAAGUGACUGACCAGACUUAAGAGCUGAGCGCCGAGGCAGCCGAGCGAUUGGCCGCGCCUGGCAAGAGCCGCACCUCGGGCAGCGGCAGCAGCGGGGUCCGUGGCAGGAAACGGAGCGGAGGGAGCGGGGCCCCGGGACGGACCCAGCCGCCGGACAGCGCCGAGCUACGGCGGCCGCACGGCCCCUGGUGCCAGGAAAACAGAGUGCACGGAACUUGGGGAGACAACAGGAGAACACACACAAAGAUGCUGCUGAAAUGCAUCUGAGCCAUAGAUUGUGGUUUGUGCCACAGGUAAACAGGUGCUGUGUUAUCUGCAAACUACUUUGUCAAUGAGGGAAGAAACUGAUUGGGAAUUUAAAGCGCGAACUAGGUCAUAAUACUGUUCAACAUGCGCAAAGGGAUGCCGAAGGACCCAGAGAUAGCUGACCUAUUCUACAAAGAUGAUCCUGAGGAAAUAUUUGUGGGUUUACAUGAAAUUGGACAUGGAAGUUUUGGAGCAGUUUACUUUGCCACACAUUCCCACACUAAUGAAGUGGUGGCGGUUAAGAAAAUGUCCUACAGUGGGAAGCAAACGAACGAGAAAUGGCAGGAUAUCAUCAAGGAAGUCCAGUUCCUACGGCAGCUGAAGCACCCCAACACCGUAGAGUACAAGGGCUGUUACCUGAAAGAGCACACUGCCUGGUUGGUGAUGGAAUACUGCUUAGGAUCGGCUUCUGAUUUGCUAGAAGUUCACAAGAAACCACUUCAGGAAGUGGAGAUUGCUGCCAUUACCCAUGGUGCCUUGCAGGGGCUGGCCUACCUGCAUUCUCAUGCUAAGAUUCAUAGGGAUAUUAAAGCGGGAAAUAUUCUCCUAACGGAACCGGGUCAGGUGAAACUAGCUGAUUUUGGGUCUGCGUCUAUAGUCUCUCCUGCCAACUCCUUUGUGGGAACCCCUUACUGGAUGGCCCCAGAGGUGAUCUUGGCUAUGGACGAAGGCCAGUAUGAUGGGAAGGUAGACAUUUGGUCUCUUGGGAUCACAUGCAUUGAGUUAGCCGAACGGAAGCCUCCCCUUUUCAACAUGAAUGCAAUGAGUGCCUUAUAUCAUAUAGCCCAGAAUGACUCCCCUACGUUACAGUCAAAUGAAUGGACGGACUCCUUUAGGGGAUUUGUUGAUUACUGCUUGCAGAAAAUACCUCAGGAAAGGCCAUCGUCAGCAGACCUGUUGCGGCAUGACUUUGUUCGCCGAGACCGGCCGCCCCGGGUCCUAAUUGACCUAAUACAAAGGACGAAAGAUGCUGUACGCGAGCUGGAUAACCUUCAGUACCGGAAAAUGAAGAAAAUCCUUUUCCAGGAGGCGCGGAACGGGCCACUGACGGAGUCUCUGGAGGAGGAGGAGGACAGUGAGCAUGGAUCAAACCUGAAUCGGAAGAUGGACAGUCUGGGCAGCAACCAUUCCAUCCCAAGUAUGUCUGUGAGCACAGGCAGUCAGAGCAGCAGUGUGAACAGCAUGCAGGAAGUCAUGGAUGAGAGCAGCCCUGAACUGGUCAUGAUGCAUGACGACGAGAGCACAAUGAAUUCCACGUCCUCCGUGGUGCACAAGAAGGAUCAUGUAUUUAUAAGGGAUGAGGUGGGCCACAGGGAUCACAGGCCUGAGCUGCGGCCUACCCAGUCAGUCCAGAAUCAGGCCCUCCACUACCGGAACCGAGAGCGCUUUGCCACAAUCAAAUCAGCAUCUUUGGUUACAAGACAGAUCCAUGAGCAUGAGCAGGAGAACGAGUUGCGGGAACAGAUGUCAGGUUAUAAGCGGAUGCGGCGCCAGCACCAGAAGCAGCUGAUCGCCCUGGAGAACAAGUUGAAGGCCGAGAUGGACGAGCACCGCCUCAAGCUGCAGAAGGAGGUGGAGACCCAUGCCAACAACUCGUCCAUUGAGCUGGAGAAGCUGGCCAAGAAGCAAGUGGCUAUCAUGGAGAAGGAGGCAAAGGCGACUGCAGCGGAUGAGAAGAAAUUCCAGCAACAGAUUUUGGCUCAGCAGAAGAAAGACUUGGCGACCUUUUUAGAAAGUCAGAAGAAGCAGUACAAGCUUUGCAAGGAAAAGAUUAAAGAGGAGAUGAACGAGGACCACAGCACACCGAAAAAGGAGAAGCAAGAGCGAAUCUCCAAACACAAAGAGAAUCUGCAGCACACGCAGGCCGAAGAGGAGGCCCAUCUACUCAGCCAGCAGAGGCUCUACUACGACAAAAACUGCCGCUUCUUCAGGCGGAAAACCAUGACUAAGAGGCACGAGAUGGAGCAGCAGAACAUUCGGGAGGAAUUGAACAAAAAGCGGACCCAGAAAGAAAUGGAGCACGCCAUGCUGAUCCGGCACGACGAGUCGACGCGCGAGCUGGAGUACAGGCAGCUGCAUACGCUGCAGAAGCUGCGGAUGGACCUGAUCCGUCUGCAGCACCAGACGGAGCUCGAGAACCAGCUGGAGUACAACAAGCGGAGGGAGAGGGAGCUGCACAGGAAGCACUUCAUGGAACUCCGGCAGCAGCCAAAAAAUCUGAAGGCCAUGGAAAUGCAAAUCAAGAAGCAGUUCCAGGACACGUGCAAAGUGCAGACGAAGCAGUAUAAAGCGCUGAAGAAUCACCAGCUGGAAGUUACUCCAAAGAGCGAGCACAAAACGAUCCUAAAGAGUCUGAAAGAUGAGCAGACGAGAAAGCUCGCCAUCCUGGCAGAGCAGUACGAGCAGAGCAUCAAUGAAAUGAUGGCUUCACAAGCCCUACGGCUAGAUGAGGCUCAAGAAGCAGAAUGCCAAGCCCUGAGGCUACAGCUCCAGCAGGAGAUGGAACUGCUGAACGCAUACCAGAGCAAAAUCAAGAUGCAGACGGAAGCACAGCAUGAUCGAGAGCUCCAGAAGCUGGAGCAGAGGGUGUCUCUGCGCAGGGCCCAUCUCGAACAAAAGAUUGAAGAGGAGCUGGCUGCCCUCCAGAAGGAACGCAGCGAGAGGAUAAAGAUUCUGUUGGAAAAGCAAGAGCGAGAGAUUGAAACGUUUGACAUGGAGACUCUGCGACUGGGCUUUGGGAAUUCGGUCACAUUAGAUUAUCCCAAGGAGGACUAUAGAUGAGAUUAAAUUUCUUUUGCCAUUUUCAAAAAAUCAAACAAAAAAAUUAUGAAAAAACCAACAUUCCCCAUGUUAACGGGCGUGCUCUCUCUCUUUCUGUCUCUUACUGACAUUGUGUCGGACUAGUGCCUGUACGUUCUUACUCUGUCAGGGCCCCUUCCCCUGCGUCAAGUGCCAGUGCGGGACAGCUCCUGGCAGUCUCUUUUCAUAGUACGUCACAGUAUUGAUGUCUCUGUGCAAUGAUGACAAAUGUUUCAGUGAAAGCUUUGGAGACAAUUUUAACUAAUCAAACAAAAGUGGAUGUCUGUUGCUUUUGAGCAAUCACUCAUUUUACCACCAAUCAAUGAAAGUACAAGCAAAAAAAAAACCCCAACCCUAUAUAUGAAAACCCAAGGGGAGAGAGACGAAAUCCGCAGCCUUACCUUAACUAGCUGCUGCAUAAUUUUAUUUUAUUUUUAUUUUUUUGGUAUUUAUUCAUCAGGAAUAAUUAAAAAAUAAAAAAUUUAUUAAAGAUUGAGAAAUUUGAUACAUUUUACAGAAAAAAAUCUUAAUCGUGAUGUACAUAUCAGUGGUGACAUAUUAUUACUUUUUUGGGGGCAGGGGAGGGAAGGGGGUGGGGUGAAGAGAUCUUGUGAUUUUUAAAAGAACCAUGCCGGGCGAGGUAGGGGUUUGACCUCGGCCUUCGGCAUAUUCUUGAUUGUAUCAUAAUCAUUUUCUGCUGUGGCAGAGAAUGUGAAUACACUUAAAUGAGCCCACAGGAUCCCAGUAGCACAAAUUGGGCUUUGUCAAAUCGUGUAUUUUGUGUAUAGAAGGAAUUUAAGGAGAGCUUUUACUUAUUUUCAUAUUGUAUUUUAACUGUUUCUCUGAUCAGAAUUUUUUUACUCCUUUCCUCUCCCCAUCCCCAGCCAUCCCACCCCUGACUUUCCAGUUCAGUAGUUGGAGUUCAGCACUGUCUCUCGGUCAGAUCAUCCUGAUCUUUCUUUUCUUGUUUUGUCCCGCCCCCCCAAACCCACCUCCCUCCCCAGAAUCUCGGUCAUAAAUACUGCAUUAGUCACACUUUCAAACUGUGUAUUUUCUUACAAUAAAAAGCAGUAAAAAAAAAAAAAAAAACGCUUUACCUUCUUUUGCAUGCACUUUAAAAAAACAACAACAAAAAAACAUUUUUCAGCUUCCAAGGAAGAGCAUGAGGAACUGUCAGAGCUUUUAAUUAUAUUUGUAAAUAAAAGUGUUCAUCACCC